AUGUCAGCCCUCAUAGGCACAUUCAUCACUCACAUUUCUCAAUGUUUCUUGACCUCCUCUUCCGAUAAUCUAGUUACCUCUUUACCGUUGUCCAGCGAACGUCCUUUCUUUGGUCCUCUAAGACAGGCUUUAUCAACUGUAUCAGAAUCGUCCAUCAGCCAACAAAGUGUAACUCAGCAGCUUGGCUUCGUAGGGAAUGAUAUAAAAGAUAAUCUCGCAUCUUUCCUUUCUGCUGUAUUGAAGAAUGUGAGAGGUGAACAGAGUGAAUCAGAGAAUGAAGCUGCGUAUGGGGAAUUUAGUCGACUACAAUCAGUGUAUAGCGAAGCGAAUAAGCUAUAUGGAAUGACCAACGACGAUGGGACACAUAUACACGCAUUUAUGAACCCCCUCAUUAUCAACUUGGCUAGGACACUGUUAAAGGUCUCGAACAAUGCUGCAGCUCUUUCGACUUUACCACUUCGACAUCCUAAAUCUUCACGAUCCAUCAGAGAUGCAACGCGGCAAGUCAUCGAGCGAUCUAUGCAGAUAUCAAAUACCAGUAUGAUUGAAUCGGACUGGAAUUACAACUGUACACAGCAGCAUAUGGUUGGUGAUAUCGUAUGGGAAUUGGGGAAUAUACUGUUCAGGAUAUACGCGGAGCGGAAACUACAUUCCCAAUCCGCCGAAUUAUCGCGUACUCUCGAAUCUCUCACUCCACACGAACAGAAACGAUUCGCUUCUCGAGGCGAGAUCGUUCCAUCCACCACUAUAUGUCAAAGCUAUUAUUGGAGGGGCAAGAUACGAUUGAUAUUACUAGAUUUCAGACAGUCGAAAUAUUGGUUGGAUAAAGCUUGGAGUAUCGUACCGAAAGAUCAAAUUGGAUGGAAACAGCGCAGGGCCAUCUUGAUACGUUUAAUAGCUGUUAAUAUCCUAGUUGGACAAUUACCUCACCCACAAACUCUACAAGAAUACGACCUCCCUCAAUUCCUGCCCCUUAUACAUGCGUAUAAGACUGGUAAUAUACCAUUAUGGCGUAAAACCCUAGAUGAAAAUAGAGAAUGGUAUAGGAGAAGAUCAAUUUGGUUGAUAUUGUAUGAAAGAGGGGAGAUCUUGGUUUGGAGAAAUUUGUUCAGGAAUACCUUGAAGAUGUAUUAUUCUUUAGAUCCAACUGCACCAAAGAACAAAUGUCCAACUUGGAUAUUCAUAUCUUCGGUCUACAGAACUUUCUUAGGUUCAGGUGAGAUCGAAGAUGGUCAGGUGGAAUUGGAAGAUGUAAUCUGUGUGUUAUCCAGUUUGAUAGAUCAUGGUCUAAUUAGAGGGAUAUUGUCCUAUUCUCAACGACAACUUGUGAUGAAACCUGCUCCAGAUGGAUUGGGUGGUUUCCCAAAUAUAUCAACGGUGGAACCUAGGAAGAUACAGAUUGUCGGGCAGUAA